GUUUCACUUUAGGAUCCAAGAAGUUGUGUGUAUAUUUGUUUUGUGUUCCCUACAUAUCCAAUGUGAUAUAUACCUUUAUUUGGACAUGAGGCGUAAACAGGCUGUACGUGAAGUGCGCAGCUCAGAACAUCUGAAGAGAAAAACCAGCGUGCUCCACUCCGAAGCCAAUUCUACAUACGAGAGUUCUCUCAAGAAGGCUGUUUCCCAGCGUUCUUCGAAACAGCAGAAAUGUGAAGACCUGGCUGAGACUGUGGAUCAUCUCUCUGCUGGGAAACCACUUGAAAAUGGAGAUGGCAAUGCGGAGAGAGACAGCCUGGGGAAACAUGGGGAGCAGUGCACAACAGAAACCGGGAAGAACAAGCCCUCCCACCCAGACACUAGCGAGAUUAGUGAGGGCUGCCUCCGAUUAGAAAUGGCUGCAAAGAAUGGCAGCAUUCAGGAUGCCCAGUCGGUUCCCAGAGUUGAAUUCCAGUUGGAUAACAGCAUCUUUAUCGAUGAAGACAGCAACCAACCAAUGCCUGUGGACCAGUUCUUUGGGAACAUCGAACUUGUACAGGACUAUCCUGCGAAGGCUCCAGCUGCUGUGCCGAUGAGCAGACGAGAAUACAGAAAGUUACACUUCAUAGCCAAAGACGACGACGAUGAUGAUGACGACGACGAUGAAGACAGCCUCCUAGAAGCACGUCAGCAAAAUGAGAGACCAUCAGAGAGAAGAAAAUGCAGAAGCUGCUGCUGAUUUUUCUUGCCUUGCUAGCUGAGUCUGCUGGACUCCCUCCUCCCUGUCUAGCCCUCGUCUCACGCUCAGUGCCAAACCAGAAGCCCUGUGCCCUGCUCUCCAUCCCUGCCUGUGCUCUGAACCUCACCCUAUCGGACGGGCAGGAGAACCACCUGCAGGCCCGUGAACUAGGCCUGCAUAUCUCCGCUGUCAUGGUGAGAGAGGGUUGUCUCCUCAACGUUUGGCUCAGCAGCAACAUCGCCUCAUCUCAGCAGACCUGCCACGUGUUUACUAAGGGCACCUACACAGACCUGGGAUCGGAUUCUCACCGCAUUCUCAAUGCCUACAGCUGCAGUUGUAGAGUACUGGGAAAGAAACCACAUCCGCGGCAAUCCUUUAAGGACUUCAAAAACAAGCAUCUUGUUGAUCCGAGCACCAAUGGAGAUGACAGGUUCUGGAAUCAAAUGAUGCGACACAGACAUCUUACCGACCGCAAUAUGAACACCUUUAUAUAUGCGCGUGAUGACAAAGCGAAGGAGAUCUGCAGGGCUCAGCACCUACGUGGAGACCUGUUUAAAAGCAGGAACUUGUUCAACAUCACUGUUGUACGGAGAACAAAGCCAAGUAGAGAUUACGAUGUAAAAAAUAAAAUAGAAAAACAUGUUAUUGUAGCCUGCAUAAACAAUGUACCGGUGCAUUUAAAUGGUACCAAGUAAAUUUCCCCUGUACUAGAGACCACCUUGGUCUCUCACCUAUAGGAAGUUCAACCACAGAUAUUUUCUUAGGUUCUUUGUAAAAGCAGCAUCUUUUUUUUUUUUUAGAUGUGUAAUACAAUACCAUUAUUUGUACGUGUAAAAGUGUGUUCCAAGCUAUUGCUCAUUACAGUGCAGUUCUUUCUGUUUUCGGAAAAUUAGCUUGAUAUACAGUAUGAACUGACAUUUUACACAACUUCAUUUAUACCUGAAAUGCAGAAUAAUCUGCUUGCUAAUGCGCUUUUUUCUACUUACAUUGGACCAUUUCUGCUUUGAUAACAUAGAAGAAGAACAUAAGAAAGUUUACAAACGAGAGGAGGCCAUUCGGCCCAUCUUGCUUGUUUGGUUGUCAG